UCUCCUAAUGUCCGUGAAGUGUCUCUCGCGUCUUUGCGGCUCCCCGCCUUCGGUGUGGUCAGUCGCUGCGAUUCCGACCCCGUGAUUCUCUCCGACCGCAGUGCCGGACGUCAUGAGCAUUGUAAUCCCUCUGGGAGUCACCACACCAGAUACAUCCUACUCAGACAUGGCCGCCGGAUCAGACCCUGAAUCAGUUGAAGCCAGUCCAGCAGUUAGCGGAAAGACCAUCUAUACAGCUCAUAGUUAUCCAGGCAGCCAAAGCCACGGAUACCGAGGUCUUCCCUAUGCGGAUCACAACUACGGAGCCCCUCCACCACCUACACCCCCUGCAUCCCCUCCUGUCCAGGCUAUCAUUCCUCGUGCCACAGAACUGAACGGCAUUCACUCACCAGAAGAGAACUCCGGAGAUAGCGACAGCUCUUCUGAGGGUGAGGGAAUCGAUAGCUGGUGCACCUGCAAUCCCGCGGCGGACGGCUUCCUUGUGAAGUGCGAGAAAUGCAGGGGUGUGAACCGAGGAAAGGUGAUUCAGCUGAAUCGUAGGAAGCAGGACAAUGUCUCAGGAGGGGAGAGCAGUGCUACAGAGAGCUGGGAUGAGGAGCUGUCUCCAUCCACCGUGCUCUACACAGCCACCCAGCAUACACCCACUAGCAUCACACUCACGGUCAACCGGGUCCGUAGGAGUAAACCCAAAAAGAGGAAGAAAAGCACCGAAAAGGCCCGUAAUGCUCCAAAGGCCAAGAAAAUAAAGGCAUUUCGAGAAGGUUCUCGCAAGUCCUUACGAAUGAAGAACUCUCCAUCUGAGGCUCACACCUUGGACGAGAACACAACAGAAGGUUGGGAGAACCGCAUCAGGCUUUGGACUGACCAGUAUGAGGAAGCUUUUACUAACCAGUAUAGCGCUGAUAUGCAAAACUUGCUGGAGAGGAGCGUUCGCUCCAGUAAAGAGCUGGCAGGCAAAGCGGGACUGUCCGAAAGCAUUAAAAAGACGGAACUGUCCUGUAACAACACUGUUUUGGGCUCUCAGAUGCAGUUCCAGUUGGGCAGAGUGGCACGUGUUCAAAAGCAUCGCAAGAUCCUGCGUGCGGCUAAAGACUUGUCGGCGAACACUCUAGUCAUUGAAUACCGGGGCAAAGUCAUGUUACGGCAGCAGUUCGAAGUCAAUGGGCACUUUUUCAAAAAACCAUACCCCUUUGUUCUAUUCUACUCCAAAUUCAACGGCUUGGAAAUGUGUGUGGAUGCACGUACGUUUGGGAACGAUGCCAGGUUUAUCAGACGGUCCUGUACACCCAAUGCUGAGGUCCGUCACAUGAUCUCAGAAGGGAUGGUUCAUCUGUGCAUUUAUCCUAUUGCUGCUAUUGCAAAAGACACGGAGGUCACCAUUGCUUUUGACUAUGAUUACAGUAACUGUAAUUAUAAGGUGGAUUGUGCGUGCCACAAAGGGAAUCGGAACUGUCCAGUACAGAAGAGGAAUCCCAUAGUCACAGACUUGCAGCCAACUCUCCCUCCGGCGUUGACCAUCGGAGCAGAGACGAGGCGCCGUAAGGCGCGAAGAAGAGAGUUGGAGCGGCAGGGUUAUGUGCUGGACGAGGGCCCCACUCACCAGAACGAUGAACUGGCAGAAGCCCCUGCUGCAGAUUCAGCAACUGGUGACAACGAGUCAAAAGAGGAGAAGAAAACUGAACCUGCCCUGCAGUCUGUGGACAACACCGAUAAGAGAAGGAGGCGCAGAGAACAGCCACCUGAACCAGUUGCCACCGAGCCCGAAGCACCUUCUACCGAUCAGGCAGCUUCUGAUCCUGCAAUUAAGCCCGAAGAACCAGAGCCAGCACCGGAGAGCCCUGUAUUACCAGAACCUGUGCCCACUCCUACCCUAGGGGUGAACACCAGGAGGUCGUCACAAGCCCUGGAAACAAUUGCAGAGAAACCUGCUCCUAAAUCGGUUACACCAAAAUCCACAAGGCCACGUCCAAGAAGCCGCAUGUCACGGUAUCGAAGCGCUUCCGCUCAGAGGUUGAGGAGGAGGCAAUCUGUGGCGCAGCAGGUGGAACUGGCACCCCCAGUGCCUGAGGAAGGAACUGCCAGUUCAGGAACCACAGAGCCUGGGGUCUCAGAAGCUUUAGGGACAGGCGAUGCCCCACAAGGGUCAGAAUCUCCUGCGGUUACCCAGACAGUGACCCAGCCAACCCGUGGUAGCCUUAAAUACCAUAAGACUAAAAAGUACCAGGUAACAGAAUGGUUAAACGACAAGGUGGAGAAGCAGGACGAUCCCAUGGAUCAGCCGUUGCGGAUCACCACAGAUCCCACAGUGUUGGCGACCACCCUUAACAUGCUCCCUGGACUGACGACUUCCCCUUCCAUCUGCACAACUCCCAAACACUACAUACGCUUUGUUUCUCCUUACAUGCCUGAGAGGCGGAGGAGACCCCCAAAGGCGGAUGGCACUUAUGGAUCGUGUAAAAAGCGCUGGAUGAAACUAUCCCUGGAAGAGGCUGUGACACAGCCAGGCAACUCUGCACAGGAAAACCAACCUUUAUACCAAAGUAAUGAGAGCAACAGCUCAUCCAACAAUGGAACCAAUACAGUUACAGCCCCUUUAAAAAAGUGGAAGACAAAAUACAUCAUGGAAGAAAUUUCUGCCGUGGUGUCGAGCCCAGUACAGUUUCCCCCUGCCCUCCCCAAUUCCACCACCACAGAUUCCCUCAGUCCAAUGCAGACCACACCUAGCUCUUCCCUUCCCGGCGAAGAGGAAUCCCGAUAUGGAUAUGGACUCUUGUUCUCUCCCAUCCCAUCUCUCGCUGCUAGCCGCUGCAAUACUCCACUACAGUUUGAGAACAUAUCCUCCCCCGAGAGCUCCCCAGCGCAUAGGCCCGAGUCCCUCUCACCCGAGCCUUGUCUUCGGCCUGAUGUUGACCUGGUCAAGUCCACCUUCUUGGAUGUAUCUGUGGAAAAUUGCCAAGAGCACCAAACUGUUGUCACCACGGCCCUGUCCGAUCUUGCUGCUCAGUCACCCAGCACGUCUCUGCCGUACGGCCCCUUAUCAGAGUCAAAUGUUCUUGCAAAAUCUGGAGAAGGCUCAAUGCUGCUAAGAACGUCAGAACAGACUUUCCGGACUGAGUUCAAUUUAAUGUAUGCUUUCUCCCCAUUGAAUGCUAUGCCCCGUGCAGACGGUUCCUUACGGGGCUCGCCUCUUGUUGGAGAAAGGAAGCCUUCCCAAUCAGAAAUGUACUGUGGCUCUCCAGUGGAGGCCUAUUAUGGCAGGGCAGGUCCUGGACUUAUAAAAGAAUCCGCUCAAGGAUCUAUGUCUCCAUGCAGCGAUAGGACUUGUGAGGGCAUCAGGUCUUCUCCUCAGAACCCACCACAAAGAAAAAAGGUGUCACUCUUAGAGUACCGGAAGAGGAAACAGGAAGCCAAGGAAGUGACGUCUUCCCCUGGAGGAGACGUAAUACGCUGCUGUGCCGGGACUCCAACACGCCAAAGCAGCAACGGCUCCAUUUCUGACACAGAUUUGUCUGCGGUGUUGCAGCUCCAGGCACCAUCAUCUCCACAGAGCGGCUUCUCUUCUCCCUCCCACCCCACUAUGCCUCAGAUUGAAGAUGUCAGCCCUACCGAGAUGAGGACAGUGAGCUCCGGUCAUUGCAAGACUGUGGAGAACAUUAGCAGCCGCUGGAUGGUUCCAACAUCUGUGGAGCGGCUACGUGAAGGGCAGGGAAUCCUGGAGCGUGUCUUGCGGAGUGGGGUGAAAGUACCGCAUCGAGGAGAACGGUCGCCUUCUAGAGACAGCAGUCUAGACAGAGAAUCUGAAGACGGAGACACAGAAGUGAUAAAUAUGGCUGUUUCUAAAGGACCAGCCGCCUACAGCCCUUCCAGAUACAACUAUCAGUUCCUGCAGUGCGACAGUCCUCAACAAGAGACGAUCAACCUCCUCUCUCAAAACUCGUCGCCUUUCCGUGGUCCGGCUGCUCAGCCCAGUGGUUACAGCUAUAGGACACUGCAGAGGACGGGGCAGGGCCACAACGAGCCGUCUGUCAUUUCCUCUUCCUAUUCAAGUCCUUCCCAUACUGCUUCCACAGACUCACCCAGUCCCCAGUGUUCCGGGAGCUCUGGGUAUUACAACAGCCAGCAGCUUUAUGGGAGUAAUCCUGGCACGUGCCAGCCAAGGAAAAGCUUCCAUCACCGAGGUCCCAGUCGUGAGGCAAGUCCAGCCCAAUUGCUCAGGACAGACUCUAUACCCUCAGACUCGCAAGCCAGCACUGGGGCUUCUGGCAACUCCACCCCUCAGGGGUCCAGAUCAGACUCUCGGACUACAAACAUGCCAGGCUCCAGGAUUUCUGCUGUGUCUAGCCCGCAGCAUUAUCCACAGCGCACCUCUAAUGUUCACCAGUACCGACUGCAGCAGAUGCAAGGCUCAGGAGUUAAAACACAGACUGGCCUUUCUUAGGACUGCUUAAGAGUGGAGAACAGCAUAGCACUAUCCUGGCAGCCAUCCCUAACGCCUGACCCUAAAAGAGGGGCUGGACCAUGAGGGUGGCACAGACCCGCUCCAGAGGAGCCUGGUUGGGCGGGUUUUGGACUGAAGAAAAGGUGGAGGCUAAGGCGUGCUGGUAGUAUCAGCUCCCACUCUCUACACUCACACAUUGCAAGAAAAGUGAUCACCUGGAGAAUCGAUUUAAGUUGUGUAGACCUUCAAUAUCAUGCAGUUGCUCGGUUUUUCUCUCUGUAUCACCAGAAACCUCCUGUAGUCACUUGUGCAGUAAGGACAACUUUUAUAUGAAUAAGAAUUAAAUGGUUAAUACAAAAGCUGAAUUUAAAGGGCAGGGAGAAAGGGGUUUAAAGAAGCACCUAUAUUUGUAGCAUCGGGAUAUAACAGG